GUGCGCUGCGCCCUGUUCGGCGUCCGUGGCUCGGCGAAGUUGGGUCCCACGCGGUCUUCGCCGCGAUGAAGCGCCCUUCCGAGGAGACGACCUCCGAGAGCGACUUGGACGAGACCAUCGACGUUGGGAGUGAGAACAAUUACUCUGGGCAAAGUACUAGCUCUGGGAUUAGAUCGAAUUCUCCAACAACAACAUCUCAGAUUAUGGCAAGAAAGAAAAGGAGAGGGAUUAUAGAGAAAAGGCGUCGGGAUCGGAUAAAUAACAGUUUAUCUGAGUUAAGACGACUGGUGCCAACUGCUUUUGAAAAACAAGGAUCUGCAAAGUUAGAAAAAGCUGAAAUAUUACAAAUGACAGUUGAUCAUUUGAAGAUGCUUCAGGCGACAGGGGGUAAAGGCUACUUUGACGCCCACGCUCUUGCCAUGGAUUUCAUGAGCAUUGGAUUCCGGGAGUGCCUUACGGAAGUGGCGAGGUACUUGAGCUCUGUGGAAGGCCUGGACUCCUCCGAUCCACUGCGGGUACGACUCGUCUCUCAUCUCAGCACUUGUGCCUCCCAGCGGGAGGCAGCAGCCAUGACGUCCUCAAUGGCCCACCACCAUCACCCCCUCCACCCACAUCACUGGGCCGCAGCCUUCCACCAUCUUCCCGCAGCCCUGCUCCAACCCAGCGGACUCCAUGCCUCGGAGUCAACCCCUUGUCGCCUCUCCACAACCUCAGAAGUGCCUCCUGCCCACGGCUCUGCUCUCCUCACUGCCACGUUUGCCCACGCAGAUUCUGCCCUGCGAAUGCCAACAACGGGCAGUGUCGCACCUUGUGUGCCACCUCUCUCCACCUCUCUCUUGUCCCUCUCAGCUACCGUCCAUGCCGCAGCCGCUGCAGCCACCGCAGCUGCACACAGCUUCCCUCUGUCCUUCGCAGGGGCAUUCCCCAUGCUCCCCCCCAACGCAGCUGCAGCAGUUGCAGCCGCAACAGCCCUCAGCCCACCCUUAUCAGUAUCAGCCACGUCCAGCCCUCAGCAGACGAGCAGUGGAACAAACAGUAAACCUUACCGGCCCUGGGGGACAGAAGUUGGAGCUUUUUAAGUUUUCUGUGAACUUCUUGCACUGAAUGUCCUUCAUUUCAGAGUCAGCUUAAAACUUCUGUCUGCACCCUGAAGCUAGCCAUGCAGACGCCUGCAGAUCCACAAAAAAACAAUAAAACUGUUUCAGACACAAA